UGCCCCAGCCCCGGGGAUUCCCUGCCCGCUGUCCCCUCCUGUCCCCACCGGAGGUCCCCGCGGCGAGCUCAGGCCGAGUUUGGUCCGGUGCCCGGGCGGGGAGGGAGCGGAGGGACGGAGGGACGGACGGACGGACGGACUGCGGCGCCCGGGCGGUGUCUGCGCGUCCGUCCGGCCGCACCAGGAAACCCAACACCGGCACUGGGGGAACAAAGGCCGCGCUGUCCCCUCCUGCGGCGCGGCUAUAAAACCUCCCGAGACCGCCCCGAACCGCCCGAACCCCCCGAAACCUCCCAGGGGCCCCGGGCCAGCGGCGUGUCCGGUGCCAUGGCCACGGCCGAGGCGGCCGAACCGACCGAACCCACCGAGCUGACGGAGCUGGAGGCGGCCAUCGAGCGCGUUGUCACCGUGUUUGUCACCUUCGCCGCCAAGGAGGGCAGGAAGGGCACGCUGACCGCCGGCGAGUUCAAGGAGCUGGUGCGGCUCCAGCUGCCCAACAUGAUGAAGGACGUGCCCUCGCUGGAGGAGAAGAUGAGCGAGCUGGACGUGAACAACGACGACGAGCUGAGGUUCGGCGAGUACUGGCGGCUCAUCGGCGAGCUGGCCAAGGCCGUGCGCAGGGAGAAGGCGGCAAAGAAGUGACAGGCGGCAAAUAAAUGAGGUUUCCCUGA